AUGCUCCUUUUUCUCAGCCUGACCGCUCUCUUCUCUGCGGCCUUUUCCUCGGAGAUGAACCAGACCUCCAAGCUGCUGGCGGAGAGCGGAGAGCAGUGCUCGGCCUGCGACUUCCGGGAGCACAGCAAGCAAAUGAGGCUCCACAGCAUCAAGUCGCAGAUCCUCAGCAUCCUGCGGCUCGAGCAGGCACCCAACAUCAGCCGAGACAUGAUCCGCCAGUUGCUGCCCAAAGCGCCUCCUCUGACGCAGCUCCUGGACCAGUACGACCCGCGGGUGGAGGACGAGGACCACGCCACGACGGAGACCAUCAUCACCAUGGCCACCAAGCAGAAUCCAAUCGCCCAGGAAGAGCUCUCCUCCUGUUGCCUGUUCAGCCUCAGUCCGAAGAUCCAACCCAAAAACAUCCUGCGCGCUCAGCUGUGGGUUCACCUGCGGCCGGCUGACAUGGUCACCACCGUCUUCCUGCAGAUCUCCCGCCUCAAACCCGGUAAGGAGGGAAACAGCACCCGAGUCCGAGUCCGCUCCCUGAAGGUGGACACCGACACCGGUGCCGGCUCCUGGCAGAGCAUCGACAUCAAGUCUCUGCUGCAGGCUUGGCUGCGUCAACCGGAGACCAACUACGGCAUCGAGAUCAACGCCUAUGACUCCAAAGGAGAAGAUCUGGCUGUCACCUCAGUGGAGCCUGGAGAGGAAGGACUGCAACCGUUCAUUGAAGUGAAGAUCCUCGACAGCCCUAAGAGAUCCCGCCGCGACUCUGGCCUGAACUGCGACGAGGAGUCUGCAGAGACCCGCUGCUGCCGCUACCCACUCACCGUCGAUUUUGAGGAGUUCGGCUGGGACUGGAUCAUCGCACCCAAGCGUUACCGGGCCAACUAUUGUUCGGGGGAGUGCGAGUUCAUGCACCUGCAGCAGUACCCGCAUGCACACCUCGUUAACAAGGCCAACCCAAGGGGCACGGCGGGGCCCUGCUGCACGCCCACCAAGAUGUCGCCCAUUAACAUGUUGUACUUCAACCGCAAGGAGCAGAUCAUCUACGGAAAGAUCCCGUCCAUGGUGGUGGACCACUGUGGCUGCUCUUGA